AUGGCAACGAACGACUUCAAACUCUGCAGCUGGUUGUUCCAGCUUGGCAUGGAUCCCGAUGAAUUCUACAUCUAUCGUGAGGAUGCAGAUGCAGCAAAGGCAAGGAAGUCUCCACUUGAGCAAAGCAGGUAUGGUGUUGCAGCACUUCGCCAAGCGAUUCGGUACCGCGACAUUACUAGGAUCGAGGUUCUGUGCGGUGGCGUAAAUGCCGAUGCGAUUGAGCCAUUCAUCGAAGAAUCUGAGGAAGGAAAGCCUGCGAUCAGUCCUCUAGGUGAAGCGAUCAUUGCGAAAGACUCGGAAAUAGUCCUGGUGCUGUUGAAGCAUGGUGCUAGUUCAAACGCAUGCGUAUCCUUUGAUGGCUUCGGGAUGUUGGAGCACAUCAAGAGCCACAUGCAACGAGUAACUCCCUUACUGGCCGCUAUCGACGUACAAAGUCUCCCCCUGGUCAAGAUAUUGGUGGAGCACGGGGCAGAGCUACAGUACACACGCAACAUGGGUAUCAGCCGCACACCUUUGCAAAGAGCCGCCGAGACGGGUAGCUUCGACAUCGUGGAGUACCUCGUCGACCAGGGCGCCAUCAUCGAUACAACUCCAGUAUAUUCCGGCGGUACCGCAUUGCAACUAGCUGCCAUGAACGGGUUCUGCGGUAUUGCAGCAUUUCUGCUUGAGCACGAAGCGGAUCCAAACUACCCACCGGCCAAGGGCGAUGGGCGGACAGCCUUCGAAGCAGCAGCAGAGUGGGGUCAUGUAGACACGAUGUCGCUGUUGAUGCAGUGGAAGGUAAAUCUCGAUGCGCAGUUUGGGGAGCCUUCUGAAAGUCAGUACGAACGGGCUCUUGAUUUUGCCAAGGAGAACGGUUUCAUGGCGUCAUCGCGGUUCGUCGAACAUCUCUAUGGGCAAAGGACAAGAGACGAAAGUUGGCCUGCGGGUUUGGCGUUGGAUUCGAUGUGA